AUGCCUACCGACAGCGGCAGCCUGACGGUGAAGGGCCAGUUCAGUCAGCUGCUUCGCCGGUACGAGGAGGGAGUCCUGCGGGGCGUGCAGGCCGGGGACACCGACGCGCUCGCCCGCGCCCUCAUCCCGCAGUUCGAGCUGCUCUGGCGGCAGAUGGCGGCGAUGGGCGUUGUGUCCUCCAACGAGCAGCUGGAGGAGCUCCCCACGAGCUCGCUGGAGCUGCUCUGGACCCCGUACCUCAUCGCGGACCUCUACCAGCGUGUGCAGGGGCCCAUGCCGACGCCCGCGGCAGCGUCUUCGUCGUCCUCGGCGACGGCGGCGGCGCCGGAGUCAAGAAACACGACGGGCAUGACGCGCGAGGAGGCCCUCGCCGCCUCCAAGCGGUGGUACGAGGUGUUUUUCCAGUGGAUGCUGGACUACGAGCUCGUGGAUGAGGCGACGCUGGAGAAGUACCGCGGCUUGAGUCCAGACCAGCGCACGCAGCGGCUUGAGCUAUCCCGCAAGCGGCGGGAGCUGGAGGAGGAGAGACAGCGCUGCGAAGAGCAGGUGCAGUACCUGACGGCCAAGCGGCGGCGCAUGGAGUCACUGAUGGAGGCGGACGGAGAGGCGUCGGGGGACACCAACGGCGACGAGGAGGAGGCGCGUCGCAAUCGUGCGCUGGCGCGUCUGCGGUGGUCCAUCUACGAGAGCUGUCAGCAGCUGCAGCUUUCGUCGCGGGAGCUGGAGAUGCUGCAGGCGCUUUCGCCCGAGCGGCGCCAGGCCAUUUCCACUGAACAUCAAAAGACGAUUGAGGCGGUGCAGCGUGGCGAGAAGUCGCUGGGGCGUCACACGUAUACGAUUCUCCCCGGCGGCCUCAUCGCCCCCGGGGGGCCGAUCUCCACCGCCCAGCCCCAGCCCGGCCGCCUCGCCGUGGGCGCCGUCGCCAACCAGCAGGACUUCAGACGGCGGGUGGUGGAGGAGUUGAUGCUUGAGCGGAAUACCCCUACGAUGACGCUGCAGGAGUUUGCGGAGGCGGAGAUGGCGGAUGUGCAGCGGCGGAUGGACGCCGACGCGGCGGCGCAGCGGCAGCAGGCGGAGGAGGACGAGCGACUAGGCCCAGAGGGUGUGGAGGAGCGCCAGCGCCAGCGCGACAUCCAGCUGGCCGAGUGGAAGGAAGCCCACCCGCCCAUUGGACAGACGGCGAAGGGGAACUACGCAUGA